AUGUCGGACAAACUGACGCGUAUCGCCAUCGUCAACUCGGACAAGUGCAAGCCCAAGAAGUGCAGGCAAGAAUGCAAGAAGUCAUGUCCAGUCGUGCGGACGGGCAAGCUGUGCAUCGAAGUUGACGCCUCCUCCAAGAUCGCCUUCAUUUCCGAACGACUAUGCAUUGGAUGCGGUAUCUGCCCCAAGAAGUGCCCGUUCGACGCCAUCAACAUCAUCAACCUGCCCACCAACCUCGAGACUCAGGUCACCCACCGAUACAGCGCCAACAGCUUCAAGCUUCACCGACUUCCAAUGCCAAGGCCGGGACAGGUGCUGGGUCUGGUGGGGACGAACGGUAUUGGAAAGAGUACAGCAUUGAAGAUCUUGGCUGGAAAGAUGAAGCCAAACUUGGGCAUGUACGACAACCCGCCGGACUGGGAAGAGGUGCUCAAGAAGUUCCGAGGAUCUGAAUUGCAGAACUACUUCACAAAGGUGCUGGAAGACGACUUGAAGGCUGUCACCAAGCCACAAUAUGUGGACCAGAUCCCAAAGGCAAUCAAGGGCACCGACAGGGCAGUCGGCCACAUCAUUAGCCAACGGUCUCAGGUGGACGAAGCACGACUCGACGAGAUUACGACCGAGCUGGAGUUGAAGCAGGUCUGGGACCGUGAUGUUGAUCUCCUGUCUGGUGGAGAGCUGCAACGUUUUGCCAUCGCCAUGGUCUGCGUACAAAAAGCCGACGUCUACAUGUUCGACGAGCCUUCUUCCUUUUUGGAUGUCAAGCAACGUUUGGCCGCUGGUCGCAUCAUCCGCAGUCUCCUCGGGCCAAACUCAUAUGUCAUCGUUGUUGAGCACGACUUGUCUAUCCUGGACUACCUUUCAGAUUAUAUCUGUGUACUCUACGGAAAGCCGGCCGUCUAUGGUGUCGUCACCGCUCCUUUCUCCGUCCGUGAAGGUAUCAACAUCUUCCUCGACGGUAACAUCCCAACCGAGAACUUGCGUUUCCGUGAGGAGUCCCUCACCUUCAGAGUCGGCGAGGCCGGCGAAGAGUAUCUCGCCGACAAGAACCGUGCUUAUGGAUACCCCGACAUGUCCUGCACAAUGGGUAGCUUCAACCUGACCGUCAAGGCUGGUGACUUUACAGAUUCUGAGAUCCUGGUCAUGAUGGGAGAGAACGGUACUGGAAAGACCACUUUCUGUAAGAUGCUUGCGGGCGCCCUGAAGCCUGACGACGGCAAGAAAAUUCCCCCGAUGAACAUCAGCAUGAAGCCACAGAAGAUCACGCCCAAGUUCACUGGUACUGUGAGACAAUUGUUCUUCAAGAAGAUCAAGGCCGCGUUCUUGUCGCCACAGUUCCAGACCGACGUCUACAAGCCACUCAAGAUGGAUGACUUCAUCGACCAGGAAGUGCAGAACUUGUCCGGUGGUGAACUGCAGCGUGUCGCCAUCGUGCUUGCGCUCGGUAUCCCAGCCGACAUCUACCUGAUCGAUGAGCCGUCUGCCUACCUCGAUUCCGAGCAACGUAUCAUCGCAGCCCGUGUCAUCAAGCGAUUCAUCAUGCACUCCAAGAAGACCGCCUUCGUCGUCGAGCACGAUUUCAUCAUGGCCACUUAUCUUGCAGACCGUGUCAUUGUCUUCGAUGGUCAACCAUCCAAGAAGUCUCGCGCAAACACACCCGAGAGCUUGUUGACUGGCUGCAACAAAUUCUUGAAGAACUUGGACGUCACUUUCCGUCGUGAUCCAAACACGUACCGCCCACGUAUCAACAAGCUCGACUCUCAGCUGGACCACGAGCAGAAGGCCAAUGGUAACUACUUCUUCUUGGAGGAGGAGUCCUGA